AUGGGCAACGUCUCCUCUUGGCUCAGGGUGGGCUCUUGGGUGAAGGCCCAUUGGGUUGCGCCCACAGUCGUCGGCGGUAUUCUUGGUGUCUCAGGCUCGUUCUCGGUCGCGAUAGUAUGUGGCACCUUCCGCAAAUGCGAUCACAACCCCUGUGGCACGCCGGUAAAGACAAGCAUGUUCGACAAACCGGCCUGCGACUACUGGGAGCAUGGCGGAGAUGAUAUGCUGCCUCUGAGGCGGAGAGCUGGGGGAGGAUCGUCGCCGGGGACCACGGUCACGGUAAUAAAUGGUAUGGAAGGCUGGGGCCGGCUGAACCAGGAGACUUACGGCUAUGAUGAGGUCCCGGGAGUCACCAUUUACAACAGCAACAGCAUCGAGGAAGGGGUUGGGAUGGGGCAAUUCGGCGAAGGGGAACAAAGCGUUACCAUUCCCGGUGACAAGUUACCUGACUGGAUCUUCAUCACCAAUACUGGUGAGGCACCCAUUUGCAUUGCAGGCAUCCGCGUAACAGCUCCUGAUGGGUCUGGGAUCACCAUGACGGGCAACUUGGGAAGAGUCUGUGGUGCAGACCACUAUGAAUCUGCGGUCACCGUCCUGCCCAACGGCGAAGGCAAGGCGGCGGCCUGUGUAUGGAUCGACCGCCACAGGUCGAAUGGUAUUCGACUCCCGGGCAUCAGCUUCAACCUGCAGAUCGUCGACGACGAGGACCCGGAGUUCUACAACAUUACAUCGAUGCAAGACUUGUGCCUGAAUCCUUUUAUAAUGAUGCAGGACGACCAGCCUAGUCUAUCCCGGAGACAGCUGGUUCUGCCCAGCGUCUCUGGCAAUGACAGCCCCUCGGCCAACCUCGACUUCGACUCGGCGCUAGUCAAAAGCAACUUGGACCUCUCGAGUGCAGUGCAAAUGUGCCAGGGCACGUACACCAAGGGACCACAUUUCGUGAGUCUCUCCGAAGGGGUUUAUUGCGAUAUGUCGACGCGAGAGCUUUAUCCUGUGUGCAAGGAGGGUGCUGGUCGCGACGGGGAGAUAUGCUUCGACACGGAGCAGGACGAGCUCGUGGAAAGAAAUGGGGAAGAAGAUGAUCCCUCGUCUCAGACAGGACUUGUCAAACGGGAUCAAGGAAGCCAGAGGCCUGGACGAGUCAGGAUUUUGAAGAAGUUCCGGUAUGUUGACUCAUGGAACUAG